AUGGCCCUCCGAAACGCCUCUCUAUGGAGGACUUUGAGAUCCUACCAGAUCUACGGAGCGAAUACCAAUGUCGGCAAAACCAUCUUGUCCACAGUCCUCUGCAAGGCCUUCGCCCGGAAGUAUCCAAGUGAAGCAAUGUGGUACCUGAAGCCCGUAUCAACCGGACCCCUAGACGAAGCCGACGACCGGCAUCUGGCUCGCUUCUCCCCCGAGACCAGAACCCACUGUCUCUUCCAAUUCGACGAAGCCGUCAGCCCUCAUAUUGCAGCGCGCUCAGCCAAGAAGCCACUCCCAGACUCGGAGAUCCAAGAGCAAGUACUGAAGCAUCUUACAUCGUGUGCACAGUCGGGACCAGGCACAAUCCUGGUGGAGACAGCCGGAGGUGUUCAUUCUCCUACACCGAGCGGAAGCUCUCAAGCAGACCUUUUCAGACCGCUGAGGCUGCCUGUGUGCUUGGUGGCCGACCAUCGACUGGGUGGCAUCUCCGCAUCCAUCUCGGCCUUCGAGUCGCUGCACAUCAGAGGCUAUGACUUAGUCCUCGUGCUGCAAUUCGAGGAGUCCAAGUACCAAAACCAUGACUACCUCACAUCUUAUUUUGAAAAGAAAGGGGUGUUGUCGCUAGCACUGCCCUUACCGCCCCCACAGGGGAAAACGCAACAAGAAGACGUCGAGCGCAUGUUGGAGUAUUACCUCAGAACCAGCGAGCUCCCCAUCGUCGACGAGACCAUCGACCUCCUCGCCGAAAAGCAUACCUCGCGUAUCCAAUCUCUCGAGACGAUGUCACGCCAGGCUCAUCAGAACAUAUGGUACCCCUUCACCCAGCACACAGACGUGUCCCCGAACACUAUCACAACCAUCGACUCUGCCUCCGGCGACUUCUUCCAAACACACGUGGCCUCCUCCUCCUCCACAGACCGGGAGACCAUCCUAGCACCCACCUUUGACGGGAGCGCAAGCUGGUGGACUCAGGGUCUCGGGCACGGCAUUCCAGAUCUCUCCCUGGCGGCAGCUUACGCAGCAGGUCGCUUCGGACACGUCAUGUUUGCCGGCACCGUCCACGAGCCGGCCCUCAAGCUCACCCAGACCCUCCUCCAGAACCUCCACAACCCCCGACUCGCCAAAGUCUUCUUCUCCGACAACGGCAGCACGGGCAUGGAGGUCGCCACGAAGAUGGCCCUGACGGCCUCCUGCGCUCGCUACGGGUGGUCCGCGCCCGAGACGCAGUCCGCUGUGGGCGUGCUCGGCUUGAAAGGGAGCUACCACGGUGACACGAUUGGCGCCAUGGACUGCUCGGAGCCGAGUCUAUAUAACGAGAAAGUGCACUGGUAUCAGGGGCGCGGGUACUGGUUUGACUUUCCGCAGGUGAAGAUGGUGAAGGGGGUGUGGCGUGUGGAGCCGCCGAAGGGCAUGGAGAAGGAAUUUGGCGAACUCGAGACGUUUGGUGAACUCGCUGAGAUCUUUGAUGUUGAGGCUCGCUUAAAGACGAGCCCGGGUCGCAAGUAUCAAACGUUUAUCGAAGAGAAGCUGAAGAAGCUUGUGAAUGAGGAGGGAAUGAGAUUUGGUGCUUUGAUUAUGGAACCCGUGAUCCUCGGAGCCGGUGGGAUGCUCUUCGCCGACCCCCUAUUCCAACACACCCUCGUGGAAGUAGUCCGCGCCAGCACCAACCUCUUUGGCACCACGGCACCCCUUACCCAAGCCGCCAACACUUGGACCGGCCUCCCCGUGAUCUUUGACGAAGUCUUCACGGGCCUAUAUCGCCUCGGCCGCUUCAGCUCCGCCUCCUUCCUCCAGGUCCAGCCCGACAUAUCCACACAUGCGAAACUGCUUACCGGCGGCCUCGUACCACUAUGUACGACGCUUGCGAGUGAAGCCAUCUACGAGGCAUUUCUUGGAAGCGAGAAGAGGGAUGCAUUGUUGCAUGGGCAUAGCUAUACUGCCCAUCCGGUGGGCUGUCAUGUUGCGAACACGAGUCUGGAUAUGAUGCUUAAGAUGGAGAAGGGGGAGAAUUGGAAGCCGUUCAGGGAUGAUUGGCAGGGUCCUGCUCUUGAAGCGGAGAGGACGGGAAGCCAGUCGCCGAGAUAUGGGAAGACUGAUGUGUGGAGCUCGUGGUCGAAAGAGUUUGUUGAGAAAGUCUCACAUCGGAAGGAGGUCGGGAGUGUUAUUGCUUUGGGAUCUGUGCUUGCUAUCAGCUUGCAGGAUGCCAAUGCUGGCUACAGUUCAACUGCCGCCACAGGUCUUCAGAAGAAGCUGUUUCAAGGGUCCGCAGAUUUUGAUGUCCAUGUAAGAGUACUUGGCAAUGUGCUUUAUCUGAUGGCAAGCCAGACUUCGAAGCUCGAGAUACUGCGAACUAUUGAGAAAAAAAUUCUAGCUGAGUUGAUAUAA